GAUGAACACUUCCGCAGUGAUUUGGCUACUGACUACGCACUGCAGUGAGUCAGCUGCAAAGUAGUACCCGCCAUGCACUGGAUACUGAAUGUGCUAGCAGUCUUUCUGUCUGUGGUGGUAGGGUUUGUCAUAACUAACAUCCCAGACAUUGACCCUCAUCCAAUGGUCCACCAGCCACUGCGCCCUCUGCCACAGCGAGGAGACGCGCACGUGACUGCGCUGGACAACGUCGAGUACUUGUUUGCCGACGACAAUUCCUUCGUAGGCCCAGAGUCCUUUGUGUUUGUGGACGACGACACCGCCGUUACAGGCAUCAACGACGGCCGCAUAGUCAAAAUAACAGGUCUAGUAAAGGGCCCCAUUCGCUAUAAUGAAGUGACACGCACAGGUGAGUAUGUGGAGGGGUGUGGUGACAUUGAUAAGGAGCUCGUGUGCGGCAGACCGCUCGGGAUGAAACUGUAUCCACUGGACACAAACAAACUGAUAGUGGCAGACAACCAUGGUAUUCUCAUGGUUGAUCUCACCAGUGGUGCUGUGGAUGUGCUGGCGAGCCCACAAGACCACAACCUGACACUGCCCAACGACAUCGAAGUGGCCGACAACGGCGACAUCUACUGGACACACUCGGGCCCUACUUAUCGACAUACAAUACACCAUGUUAUAAUGGCGUGUGCACCCUCUGGUAAACUAUUCAAGUACAACCGCGACUCUCAGAAGGUGGAAGUGUUGAAAGACGAUCUGAGGUUCCCAAAUGGAAUCACGAUGAGUCAUGACGGGAAACGCCUACUGAUAGCCAGCUGUUGCACCGCAUCUGUCAAUCAGUUUUAUCUUGAGGGCCCUAAGAUGGGCACAGUGGAGCCGUUCAUCACUGAUCUGCAAGGCACGCCAGACAACAUCCGUCGGAAUGUGCGAGCGGAUGGUAAAGUAUCGUAUUUUGUGGGUUUAGGGAGUAAGCGUUCGGCACCAUUUGCGCUGGAAAACCUUGUCGGCCCUUACCCGUUCAUCAAACGAGUGAUUGCUAGCCUUCCACUGAACACAUUUUCGUCGCUCGUACCAAAAUUUGGUCAGGUACUAGACCUCCGUGAAGAUGAUAGAGAUCCCACCAAGGGAACCAUAGGCCACUACUAUAUCGACUACCAAGAUAGGAAAGUGGAUGGCAAAAGUGUGUAUUGGGCAAGUGAAGCCGAAAUACAUAACGGUUAUUUGUACAUCGGCAGCUGGUGUGCUCCAUACCUUAGUCGGGUAAAAAUUGAAUAGCGCAACAUACUGGUCAAAAUUAGAUGCAUACUGCGUUUAGAAACGCAACAACUAUCAUGAGGGCAGUUGUAAUUUAUCAAGUGUAUAUGAGCCAUAAAGAAUCCUUCUUCCCUG